CUGACUAACCAGCUCCUCCUGGCUCAAGGCUCUGGGGGAGAGGGUGUGGCAGGAGGUAGCCAGAUCAGCCCCAGGCUGUGAAUGUGGAAGAGGGCUGAGCUGGGGUGGCCAUCAUGGGGCUCCGCCAGAGGCAGCCUGGCCCAUCGCUGCUCCUCCUCCUCCUCGUGGGGACACUGGUCUGGCCCCUGCCCUGUAUGAGCCUGAAGCUGAUCCCCUACACGCCACAGAUAACAGCCUGGGACCUGGAAGGGAAAGUCACAGCUACCACAUUCUCCCUGGAGCAGCCUCGCUGUGUCCUGGACUGGCCUGCCAGUGUUGCCAGCACCGUCUGGCUGGUGGUGACCUUCAGCAACGCCUCCAAGGACUUCCAUAACCCACAGACGCUAGCUGAAAUUCCAGCCUUCCCGCGGCUGCUGACUGAUGGCCACUAUAUGACACUGCCCCUGUCCCUGGACCAGCUACCCUGUGAGGACCCUGAGGGUGGCAGCAGGAGCAUCCCCCUGCUGCGGGUGGGCAAUGACCCUGGCUGUCUUGCUGACUUCUACGAACCACCCUACUGCAACAACCCCCUCCCCAGCCCUGGACCUUACAGGGUGAAGUUCCUCUUGAUGGACGCCAGGGGCUCACCCCAGGCUGAGACCAGGUGGUCCGACCCCAUUACUCUCCACCAAGGGAAGGCCCCAGGCUCCAUCGACACGUGGCCAGGGCAGCGAAGUGCUGACAUGAUCAUCAUCACCUCUAUCCUCUCCUCCCUGGCUGGCCUCCUGCUCCUGGCCUUCCUGGCAGCGUCCACUGUGCACUUCUCCAGCCUGUGGUGGCCUGAGGAGGCCCCGGAGCAGCUGCGGAUUGGCUCCUUCAUGGGGAAGCGCUACAUGACCCACCACAUCCCACCCAGCGAGGCCUCCACCCUACCUGUGGGCUGUGAGCCUGGUCUGGGCCCCCUCCCCAGCCUGAGCCCCUAGCCUAGUGUCUGAGGCAUGGCCGUGGGGUGUGGGGGGCAAGUACCCGGUGCUCAUCCCCAGCCUCUGCACCCACCUGCCUCUCCUGCUUCGCACUUCCCCACCCAGCCUAAAGUCCCCCUGAUGUAGGAAAGAUACUAGGGUUCGUAGCCCACGGCCGAGAAAGAAUUCUUGAGACGUCUUUGGUGCAAAAAGAUGACUUUAUAAAAGCACAGGGACAGGAUCCAAGGGCAGAGAGAGCUGCCCUGGGGUCAUGAGGAGUGGCCCAUUAUGUACUUUCAAGUUGGGAGGGGUUUAGGGAGCGAGUAAGCCUCCCAGGUAUUUUGGAAACGUGGUUUCCAGGAUUCUGAGGGGACUAGCCAUUGUUAAGAAAAGGUGAUUUAUUACUGUUUAGCAAAAAUUGUCAUAAGACUCUUCAGAUGUAUAUCGGUGGGUCAUAUGCUUGGAGGCUGACUGCCAACAUAUAUCACGCGGGGGUAGAGAUAAAGGCGGUUUCCAAAGGAAUUUUUAUACCUUUCAGUAGACUUACAGGGAGUCCCGGUGGCUCAGCAGUUUAGCACCGCCUUCAGCCCAGGGCGUGAUCCUAGAGUCCCGGGAUCGAGUCCCACAUCAGGCUCCCUGCAUGGAGCCUGCUUCUCCCUCUGCCUGUGUCUCUGCCUCUCUCUCUCUCUCUCUCUCUGUCUCAUGA